AUGUGGGCGUACGCCGCAGGGUUCACCCUCCUGCCCCACCUUGGAGGCUUCCUGGGCUGGUUCGUGAACCGCAAGAAAAUACCUGCCUGGUAUGAGAAGCUGAAAAAACCUUCCUGGUGUCCAUCCCGCAAAAUAUUCCUUCUUGCUUGGCUCAUCCUCUACACAGGCACAGGCUAUGCUUCCUACCUGAUCUGGAACGACCUGGGGGGCUGCAGCAGCAAAGCCAUCGUCCCACUGGGGCUCUACGGGGCUCAGCUGGCCCUGAACUGGGCUUGGCCUCCCUUCUUCUUCGGUGCCCAAAACCUGAAUAUGGCCCUGAUCGACAUCCUGUGCCUGGAUGGGCUGGCGAUAGGCACCCUGUGCUCCUGGUACCGCAUCAACAAGGUGGCAGCGCUGCUGCUGCUGCCCUACCUGGGCUGGCUGGGCAUGGCCACCUGCCUCACCAUCCGCAUCUGGAAGGACAACCCCGGGCAGAAGGCAGGGAAGGGAGAAUAA